UAACACUUGGAUCAAUGCAUUGAUCCCCAAGCAUCCUUAUAAUAAUAAACAAAGUUAUUAUUCUUGUGGCACGUUGUUAAUUCUGGGGGUUAAUACUGAUCAGCCUAUAUAUCUCAUUAUUUUUGAACUACAUUAGACAAAAGUGUGAGAUCCAUCCUCUUGGGUUGCUAUCAAAAUUGGAUGAUCGAGUCGCUAAGGACCCCCACACUCUCAUUUCUGAUAGUAUAAAAGUAGUUUGAGCUAAUCUGUGGUCUAGCUCACCAGUAUAUAUAUAACUAACUUUUUUAUUAAUUAAUUAAGCAUUUGCUUGAUGCGCUUUGUUCAACUGAACAAAUUAAAUCGUUUACUGUUUCAACAGACAAUGUCGCUAAGCUUCGUCACAAACUCAGCCAUAACCGGCAUCACCUCCCUCAACAGCAAGUUCUUCCACGUGAACAUGUUCGGCUGCAGCAACAUCGACAUCCACUCCAUCACGAUAACCGCCCCCGGCGACAGCCCCAACACCGAUGGGAUCCACAUGGGCGCCUCCUCUAACAUCAUCAUCACCAACUCCACCAUCGGCACCGGAGAUGACUGCGUCUCCGUCGGGUCGGGCACAACCAACGUGACCGUAUCUGGAGUCACGUGCGGGCCCGGCCACGGCAUCAGCGUCGGCAGUUUGGGCAAGGAUGAGGAUAAGGGGGAUGUCGUGGGGUUCAAUGUGAGGAACUCUAAGCUGAGUGGGACUGCAAACGGGAUCAGGAUCAAGACUUGGCAGGGCAAGAAGGAUGCUAAGAAUGUUGAACCCAUGAUGGUUUCGGGUUUCACGUUCGAUGAUGUUGUGAUGGAGAAUGUGAUGAAUCCGAUUAUUAUCGAUCAGGAGUAUUGUCCAUAUGCUUCUUGUGUGGAAUCGGAGCCAUCUAGAGUUCAGAUUAAGGAUAUUAAGUUCAACAACAUAAGAGGAACAUCAUCCUCUGCAGAGGUAAUCAAGUUGAGGUGCAGCAAGACUCAUCCAUGUGAAGGAUUGGAGCUCAAGAACAUCCAACUUCAGUAUAUUGGCAAUGACAAAGCAUUGAAGGAGACCGCUACUUGUGAGAAUGUUAAAGUGGUCUCAAGCAAUGUCAAGCCUGUCUCUUGCUAAAUAAAUAACUCCAUGUUCAAGUAUGAAGGAUGCCUAAGUUUAAGGAGUCCUUAAUUAUUUACUAUUGUGAUUAUGUUUGAUGUCUGACUUUGUAACAAAUUAUUGUAAAUUUAUUUGAUUUAAUAAAAAAAAGUACAAUGAAAUAAUUCUUCACAUGAAGGUUUAAAUAUUA